AUGAUGGAGAGUCUUGAAGUCUGCUACCCGUACAUGGAGGGGCAUGAGGAUAAACAACGAUACUGUGAUCUGGUAAUUGGUCUCUCUAUUGGUCUGAGUCAGCUUUCCCAGCACUUGGGCUCUGAAAAUAAUCAUGCAGAGGACACCCCACCUCCCAGCAUAUUAGGUCUGAGUAAUCUUACCCCAGCAAACCCAAUGCGAUUCCUGGCAAAAGAACGAGGACCUAGACUGGGGGCAACAUCCCAUGUUGACUUCCUGGACUCUCAAUCCACCGCCAGGACACCACUAGGGACUUUGGCAAAUCUAGGCCCAAAUCAGAUGUCCCUCGCCCAAAUCUCAAGACCUCCGGGUGCUAGUCUCUAUCAACAUCGUGCGGAUUCAAAUCACCCUGAUCAGACUCAGGAUGCCGACAAAUCCAACUCAACAGAUCAAGACAAUGAGCCUACGCUCUCAAUCUCAUUCACGGCCAUGGUGAUCGGUACUGGAGCACCCCAUUGUGGGGAUCCGGAUUGGAUCAAGAAGACCGGUGAGUACCUACAUUGGGAGAAGGGUCUAUGUGGUACCACUCCCCUUGUGGUCAAUCACAUUAACGCGGCAUGGCGGAAAUUUCGUGGAUCCCUCACCCGUAAUGACUUGUUGACACUAGAACAGUUCAGGUCUGAGGUGAUGAAUGGCACAAGCCGAGAGAUAGAGUUAGCAGAAGAGCCACCCAAAGAUGCGGAAGAUCGGUUGACUCAGCUCCACCAGCGAAUACAUCAAGCAGUGAUUGUCAACGGUACACUGGAUUCACUAACUGAAAGACUUGACAAACCCUUCAGUCCUGGAGAACAUGGUUGGCCAUAUUAUAGCAACCCUAGACUUCAUGUCAUAAGCCAGGCAGAGUUUUCAGACCUUGAUAAGUGGUUUGCACAACCACUGAAACCAAAGGGACUGAAGCAGGGAGAUUCCUUGAUUGACCGGGUUGUAGAAUUUGUCAAAGCAGGGAAACAACCUGACUCAGAGGCUGACUCAAGGCUUUCCAGUGACAGACUAGUGGCCAACAGUGCCAAUAGCAUAGCAACGCCUCCCUCUUAUCUUGAAGAGGAGCCGUUCGCUCCAAGUCAAUUUGAAAGCCCAUCUGCCUUGAGCAACACUUUCAGCCUAGGAAGUUACUUUGAGAGUGAACCGCCAACGGAGGACAGAGCCUCAUUACCCGGACUUGGUCUGGACUUUGAUAUGCCAGAAGAUGGGGAUCCGGGUAGUGUAGAUGACUGA